AUGUCUGCUAACGAGAAGGAGAUCGUUGAGAAGAGCGCCCAAACUAUUCUUCACGAGGAGAAUGUGCUCGACAAGGAUAUUGCGGCCCUCAACACCAUCGAAGAAACACAAACCUCCAGGGUGGUCUGGUUGAUCGCCAUCUGUGUCUCGGUUGGUGGCUUCUUGUUCGGAUAUGAUACGGGAUAUAUCUCCAGUGUCCUCGUGACAAUUGGCGACGACUUGGGCCACAACUUAUCGUCCAGCGAGCAAGAGCUCAUCACAUCCAUCACUAGUGGAGGAGCACUGAUCGGGGCAAUAUUCGCUGGGUUGACGGCCGACCGCUAUGGCCGCAAGAUAUCCAUAUAUUGUGGUUGUGUCGUGUUUGUCAUCGGCGCCAUACUCCAAGCUGCAGCUUUUAGUAUCGCUCAAAUGACUGUAGGCAGAGCUGUCGUCGGACUGGGCGUCGGAAGCGCGGCAAUGGUUGUGCCUCUCUACAUUUCCGAGAUUGCUCCUGCAAAGUACCGUGGCCGCAUGAUCACAAUGCAAACCUGUAAUAUCACAGGUGGACAGUUCAUUGCAUACUGUAUCGGAGCUGGGUUCGCCGAGGUCAAGUCUUCCGGCUGGCGAUAUGUUGUUGCGAUCGGAGCAAUUCCUGCCAUCGCCCUAGCCCUCUUCCUACCCUGGUGUCCGGAAAGCACUCGGCAGUUGGUAGCACACGGGAAGCUGGAGGAGGCUGAUGCCGUGCUGGCCAGACUAUAUCCUCGUUCUUCCCCAGAGCAACGUCAGGACAAGAUCCGAGCGAUCCAGCAAGACCUAGAGCAAGCUACUGAGCUGAUGGCCCACAAGUCGCUGUGGUGGUCGUACAAACAGCUGCACGUCGUUCCCGCCAAUUUCCGUGCCAUGCUCACUGCGUGCUGCGUCAUGGGAGUAAGCCAGCUGUGCGGUUUCAAUACACUGAUGUACUAUUCCGGCACUCUGUUUGCUCUUGUCGGCUUCAACAAGCCUGUCGCCGUAUCAAUUGUGGUUGGGGCUUGCAAUUUCCUGGGAUGCUGUAUCAACCUAGUCAUUGUCGAUCGCUUUGGCCGUCGGAGGAUCCUCAUCUUUACCGUGCUGGGCAUGUCUCUCAGUCUGGUUCUCGCAGCUGUGGCCUUUCACUACAUCCCAAUCGACUCCAGUGACCUCACACUCGAGAUCAACAGCGUAAAUUGGGCUGGUAUUUUGGUGCUCGUCACAAUCAUCUUCUAUGUGGGCUUCUUCGGCACCGGCGUUGCCCCUGUAUCCUGGAUGGGAGCAGAGCGUCUCCCGCUUGAGGUACGUGCCAUGGGUACCAUGGUCAUGACAGUUACCUGCUGGGGAACCAACAUCAUCAUCGCCUCGACAUUUCUAUCCAUGAUGAAAGGAUUGACCCCAAGCGGGGCUUUUGGCUUUUAUGCCGCCAUCUGCUUUCUGGGAUUCUUGUUCUCCGUUUUCUGCUUUGCGGAAACCAAAGGCAUGUCUCUAGAGGAGAUUCGCGAGGUAUUCAACCACGGGUUCGGAGUGGGAUAUGCACGGAGGUGGCAGAAACAACACGCCCUGGAGAUCAAGAGAGCUGCCUCAACUGUCUAG